AAUAUAGCGAAUUUUGGAUCCUUUGUCUGCCAUUCACUUCCUUGAUGGAGAUAGCUAUAUGCUAAUAUAACAAGACAAACAGAAAAAGAGAAUUAAAAUUGCUGGAAUAAAUUUCUGUAAACACAAGAAAAAUGUUCUACCUCCAUAUAGAUAGGUUACGGGUAACUUGAAAUUAUUUUGAGUGAUAUGAACAAAGCAAAAAUGUAAAUUGAAAGUGAUGGCAAGAAAAAUAAUAUAAAACAUAUUUUUAAUUAUCGUGAUUUGUCCAAAAGAUAUGAACAAGACUCGAGUAUCAUUUAUACAUUAUCCCAAGUACACACAAUUGACAUAUUCUUUGUAAUUUUUUUCUACAAAAUUAUUGCGUUUCAACUUCUCUUUCAAGUUUUGUGACCAUGGUUUUCAACACAGUGUUAAACUGGGCAGUAUCAGAAUAUUUUUAAUCUAAAGGUUAAAAUCAAACAUCAUGCAUAAUAAUUAUGCCACCUUGCAAGAGGCAGCCCACGAUCAGGAUGAACAGGGCAUACUAUAUCAUGUUGCCGAACCUACAAGGUCAAAAUGGAGUCACAUAGACGAUUUGGAUUCGUUUUUUACUCGAAUGUACAAAUAUCAUCAAAAACACGGGUUCUUAUGUUUGUUGCUACAGGAGAUUUUUGAAUUGGGACAAUUUCUUUUUAUUGUGAUAUUGACGACUUAUCUGUUUCACGGAAUCAACUAUCCUAUUUUAUUCCAUUACAGCAAUGCCAGAAAUGGAACAAAGAUAACAUUACAUGAUAUAAUAUAUCCAGUUAGUGAAUGCAUUCAUAAUUUCUCUUUUUUAACAUGGUGUAUAAUAAUUAUAUCACUAGCCGUGUUGGUGUUUAAAUUUUUCACUAAAUUUUAUCAAACAAUUUAUUAUUGGGACAUUAAACAAUUCUACAACACUGCCUUGAAAAUCAACGACGACGAAUUAGAUAAUUUAACUUGGUGUGAUAUUAUAUCGAAAAUCAAAGAAGUUCAAUUGGAACAGCAAAUGUGUAUACAUAAACGAGAACUUACGGAAUUAGAUAUUUAUCAUAGAAUUUUAAGGCAAGAAAAUUAUAUGGUAGCUAUGGUGAACAAACAUUUAUUACCGCCGAGGAUAAGGAUACCUUUUAUAGGAGAAAUUGUCUACUGGACUAAACCUCUAAGGUACAAUAUCCAGGGUUUACUCUUCAGAUCUCCCUGGUCACCAUUUGAAAGUCCUUGGCAUCUACGAGAAGAGUACAAAAAACAAAAUUUAAGGAACGAAUUAGCUAAUAAACUAGGAAGAUAUAUUAUUUAUCUAGCACUAAUCAACCUAUGCCUUUUUCCCAUUAUAUUUUUGUGGCAGAUUUUAUAUAAUUUCUACAACUAUGGAGAUUUAAUAAAGAGAGAACCAGGUCGAAUGGGUAUAAGAAAUUGGUCUCUUUACUCCAGAUUAUAUUUUAGACAUUUUAAUGAAUUAGAUCACGAAUUGCAGGCAAGGCUAACGCGAGCUUAUCGUCCAGCUUCAAGGUAUUUGGAAGCUUUUAGCAGUCCUGUAAUGACGGUAAUAGCUCAGUAUGUAGGAUUUAUGUGCGGUUCUUUGUUCACCGUCAUAGUAGCACUGACUAUUUACGAUGAAGAUGUAAUUGCUGUCGAACACGUACUUAGUAUAAUGACAGCUUUGGGAGCUAUAACUGCUAUUUGUAGAUCUCUGAUACCAGAUGAGAGAACCGUAUGGUGUCCAGAACAAUUGUUGGAAUGUGUCGUAAUGCAUACUCACUACCUGCCAACAGAUUGGAAAGGUCAAGCACAUACGUCACGUGUAAGGGAAAAUUUUCAGGAGCUAUUCCAAAUGAGCGUCGUUGCAAUAUUAGAAGAUUUAUUAUCACCAAUUCUGACACCUUAUUUAAUGAUAAGAUGGGUUUAUCCCAGAUCAUUAGAGAUUGUAGAUUUUUUCCGUAAUUUCACGGUAUCAGUAGUAGGUGUAGGAGAUGUUUGCAGUUUCGCAGAAAUGAAUGUUAAAAAGCACGGUAAUCCUUUAUGGCAGAUGGAUCCAUACUAUUACCCUUCAACGACAGAUGAUACUGAUCAAUACUUACAAGCAGAAGAUGGAAAAAUCGAAUUAUCGUUAUUACAUUUCACUACUACCAAUCCGUUGUGGGUUCCAACACCCAGUGCACAAGAAUUUAUUCAGUCUGUGGAAGAACAGGCGGGACCGGAAAUGUACGACUCUGAUUUUCAACUAUACUCUUCACAAAGAUAUUUCGAGGAAGAAAUACCCAGGAGGGAAAUUCUGAGACCUACUAAACCGACACUUAGAGAUUCUUCUUUAUCUAAAGAACAAAUAGAUUUCCAGCGGGAAUCACAAGAUUCGAGUCAAGAUAAUUUCCGAAGACCAACUGAUAAAUCAACAGUUUGGUUUGAUGAUACAAAUCUUCAAAAUUUACAUAAAUCCGUAACGUGGUUAGAAGGACCGAAUGUAUUUUCAUCGGCUAAUAUGAGAAAAAGUGCCAUGACUCUUCAUACUAGACGAGCUCGGAAUACUAGGUCUUUAGAAGAAACUACACCACUGUUAUCUGUAAGAAAUAAAUAGUUGUAUAAUACAAAUCAUAUAAUAUAGUGUACAUAUUUUCUCUUGAAUCAAAUUUAUUUAUUAUUUACUUUCAAUCAACUAAAUUUUCAGUUUUCGAUUUGAUAUGGGGAUAUGCGGUCGAUCUCUAUAUUUUAUGUGGAAUUUUUGUUUUGGAAUGUGUUACCACAUAUAAAAAUAAAUGUUAACUUUUUAACA